UCUUUACUGUCCAAGCCCCCAAGGUCUGGAACAGCCUGCCACCGGAGGUCGUUCAAGCGCCUUCAUUGAACACCUUCAAGAGCAAACUGGAUGCUUAUCUUGCUGGGAUCCUAUGACCCCAGCUGACUUCCUGCCCUUUGGGCGGGGGGCUGGACUCGAUGAUCUUCUGAGGUCCCUUCCAGCCCUAAUGUCUAUGAAAUCUAUGAAAUAAAAGAUUGUCAAAAUAGUGACAAGAGAUCCCAGGUAGAGGGCCAUAUUCCCUGCUAUACAGAAAGACAAAACCCCCACAUCUGUACCGAUUUGACCAUGGGGUAAAAAUCUUUCCUUCCAAAUACGGUAAUUGGUCUAAGCGUGAGCAGUGAUGCAAGACCCUCUAUCCAGGAACCUCUAGCUUUGGUCCCAGCAGGAGCAUUGGCUAACUUCAGUUGAAGCCCCCAGCCACGGCUGCAGCCAACACCCAGUGCUUCUGAGGGAGGCUUAAAAACACCCUGACAAGUAGCAGAAAGCAGGGAUGGGGGUGACCAGCAAAGCUCAGAAGCGUGGGAAAUACCCAUAGUAGAACACAGCCAUAGAAUUAUAUCAUCCCUGACCAGUGGCUGUCCAACUUCUGCUUGAACACUUCCCUAGACAGCCUAUUCCACUGUCUCACUGUUCUAAUAGUGAAUAAAUGUUCUUAAUAUCCAACUUAAACCUACUUUGCUGCAAAUCCAAAGUAUUGGUCUGCAUCAUCCUCUCUUCGGCAAGAGAGAAAAAGUGCUUUUCCUCUUCUUUAUGGCAGCCAUAAAGAUGUUUGAAAACUGUUAUCAUGUCCUCUCUUAAGUAUUUUCUCCACAAGCUGAACAUGCCUAGCUCCUUCAGCCUUUCUUCCUAUAACUUGCUUUCCAAGUUCUCGAUCAUUUUUGUCACCGGGCUCUGGACCCUCUAGCCUCUUCCAGACUUCCACCUCUUCUCAUUUUAAAGAACCUCACACAAAAUGCUCUUUUGCCAUUUGAAGAGAAGACAGGAGGAAAAGAAUAAUUGUUUGGAGCCAGAUAGUGAACCCCUAACACUGAUCUCAUUUCAGUGGAAUGAUUCCUAUGAGUAAGUGUUCACUGAUGUGAAAAGGGAGCCAUGAUUUCAUCCCUCAUGUUUACCUAGACAUGGAUCAUGAUGUCAUCUUUUCUGCUUCUGUAGUAUCAGCACAGCUGGUGGGAAGUCUGCCCUUACCCUAGCUUGCCCCUGAUGCUGCAGUGACAGAGCAAACAUUGUCACUGUCUACCACAUGAAAGCUUCCUCUAAGAGACAGUGCUCAGCACAGCUGCUCAGCAAAAACUUGUUACUGUUCCCUGAGCAGUUUGGAGGGGGGGGGGGGUGUAGUACAGGGAAGAGUAGGUUUAUGUGGAACUAGGUUAACUGGUGUCUGAAAUUAAUAAUACCCUUAAUAAUGAAGGCCAGAUAUGUCACCUCUAGGUCUCUGGGGCUUCCUUAGGAUGAUGGAGGAUUCAGACUAUCUGUCAGCUCUACAAAUCUAUCUGUAAGAUUUAAUUAGCUAAGUAACAAAGGGGAAAUUCUGUGAGUCAACUACAUAUGAAACACGUACAGGCAAAACUACACCCAUUAGAGCAACAUGAUUUUCCAAGCCACACUGGGACUCCAGCAGGAUACUUUGAACUUACUGGCUGCUUUUGUCCAAGACUUUCUUACCUCCCAGCCCUAGUUCGCACCCUUUUCAGGACACAUGCUCUUCAGGGUAGGCAGCUUUCCUGUUAGCAGAUUCAGCAUCAGAUUCUUCUUGGGCAAUUUGGCUGUUACCAGGAAUCUCACUUGUCAGUUCUAUGGCACAUGAUCAAACAAUAUACCUAUCAAAAUCUUAUCACUAAAUCCUUGGCUUCAUCAUGUCCCAGUCACUCCCAAUUACAAACUACUUUUCCACCAUAUGUGUGGCAUUCGUUAAUAGGCAAAUAUCACUAUGAUGUAACUUGACUUAAAUGGCUUCUUGCAGCACUUUCCACUGGCCCAUGUAUGCUCUCCCAACAAGGUAGGAGGUGAAGAGUAAUCUCUGCAGGAAAUGCUGAAUUGAGUUUUCAUAAAAGUGGAUCUGUUAUUCUGUUGGGGUAACAGGUAGCACUCCUUCACAGUGUGCAAGGCAACCCAAUUGGGUUUACAAAGGUUAACUCUACUGGGACACAGCAACAGGAAAUUCCAUGAGAUUGUGCUACACAGCUGUUUAUGCAAGAAGGUUUUUCACUUUGACUGGAGUGAGAAUCAUUUAAGGCAAAUUCAGAGCCUGGGAUUUCUCCUGGGUUAAUGAGGCUGUCUGCAGUGGAAAUAAUAAUUCUCUGCUGACAUUUAACCAGCUUGCCGAAAGGACUUUGUUACAGUGAAUGCAGCUUGUGCUGACAUAACCCAAGAGGCAAUGCUAAGGUCUACCCACAGACCAAAGCUAUUCUUUUUACACGUGUGUUAUGAUGAGCAAGUGUGGUUUUCAUCCUGACCAUUACAUGCAGUUGCUUGACCUAGUUUUGAAAGACUAUGGUUAGAAAUAGCUUAUAACACCCAAACCACCAGAGAAGAGGAGGAUGGGGGAAGGAAGGAUAUAAUAUUAAAGAUCAGCAAUCACAUUUUCAAAGUGGCAUCAUUCUGGUCUUUAAAUGUUUGCAGUCAAAAUGGCGCAGAAUUUUCAGGCUGCUGAGUUCAGCACAUUGGAUUCCCAGGUAGCCAGUGUUUGAGAUGUUGUGAAAUCUUGGGCAUCCUCCAUGCAUCCAAACGGCUUGGAAAUAUACUUUAAAAAAUAUAGUACCAUUAUUUAAAAGCACCUCUCUGUGCUGAGGACCUACCUGAGGAAGGACAUUUUGUGCUAAAAAGCUUAUCUAACUUCUCUCACAAGUAUACAUACCAAUGAAAGCUGUCAUUACACUUGCACCUCACAAACCUUGCUUCCUCCAUGGUCAGAACAGAAAUCAGGCUAGCCUCCAUGUGUAGAUUAGUACCAGGAUUCCUCUUGGAGUUUUGUGAUCCUUCUGGGGCUCUGAUAUCAUUUGACAAUCGGGUUAGGGCUGAUGUUUCCAGGAAAUGAGUGUCUGAGUUUUCAGUGCAAGUGGUGGAAGCAUCCGUGCAAGUUGUAAUAGGCUGUGAUGCUGAUAGAAUAACAUGAUCAAAGUAUGGCACAGGACAAGUUCACUGCAGAGUGAGAAAUCCAGUGAACCAGUCACAUAGGCAAGAUGUGACACCAGCAGCCUGAGCUACAGAGAGACAUCUCAGACAAGUCUGGUAAUGCAUAACUACCCGUAUAUCUCAAAAAGAGAGUGGAGGAUGUGGCAAAAGUGAUCCUACAUAAGAGGAGCAGGGUUGGCACUGGUGACAUUGACAAUAAGGCCUGGGGCAAGCACUAAGAGAUCAAACACAACAUACGGCUUGUGAAUGUCCAGUGAAUGUGCACUGGGUCUCUCUGCAUCAUUUUGAACACAAUGAGCCUUGAAAUCUAGUAGGCCUAACCUUCACUCCCAUCAGCAGCCUCACACUGGCCACCUAGCAGAGAUGCGACCCAUUUGUCCUUUUCAGGGUCUUCAGAACACAGACAGCUCUGACUAAGUAGUGUUACUGGCAUUUGCAAUCUGUGUGAGAUGAUUAAUGGCUGACAUUUCAGAGCCAGUUUCAGCCCCCAACUUGUGCUUGCAGCCUUUGCAAACCUCAUGUGUCUCACCAGCGCUCUGCAAUGAUGCAUCAUGUUAGCUUCUUAUUAGAGACGCUCAUUUUUUUUCUGAAAUGGCAUAGGGAGCCUGGCAUGGAUCUGGAAACAGGGAAUCAUCUGGCUGCUGCAGUAGAGAUUCACUGGCUUAAAAGACAGCAAUUUUGGUCUCCAUGUUCUGUAUGGAGGCAGCCUGGGCGGCAGGUGGGCCUGAUAAAUGCAGACAGUGAGCAGGCCUAAGGAUACGAGAGCUGAGGUUCUGAACCAGUGUGAGGAGAGGAUUUCCUCUUAUUUGCCUAAAUAUACCUGAGGUUUGUUUCAGUAAGUGAUACUUUGCAAAUGUUUUGAUUUGAAAGCAGAUUGCAGAAGCUGAAGCAGCUUCCUCUGUCUGGGCAAGGAAAUCUUGCCCUGUUGUUGGGGAUUAGGUGUAGAUGUCAUCGAGGUAAGGUUGAAGGAGAGAGGUAUUACAAGGACACACCAGCUGGAGGGCUAACAGUACAGGGAGAGAAGAAGGAAUCUGGAAGUUCAGAGAAUUUAACUAUGUUUAGAGGGUAAACUUAUUGUGCCAAGCAAUAGUACCCCCAGACACUGCAGUGCUUACAUAGGUAAGCUUCCCAAGCUGGAAAAGUGUAGAAGUGUCCACAGUGCAGCUGUCACUUAGACAUGGUAAUGAGCCUGCCCAAAGCACCACACUGUCAUGGCUGUUGUGAGUGGCUGGGCUGGCAGGUAUCCAACCCUGUGUGAUCUGGCUUUGUCCAUGGUUUUCUGAAUGUAGUACUAACUGGUGAAAGCCAUCUUGGCAUCAGUUGGGAGGGUGGGCAUGCUGUCCCAGGCUGUGACGCCCAUCUUUGUCCAGACAUUAUGAUAACAGACAAGGGGAACAAAAAUAUCCUGAUGAUCAAUGUGACCAUCCUAAGAAAUGGUGGCAGUCUUUCAUUGAAGCCUGGGAGUGAAAGCUGUCCAAGUAAAGUACAGGCCACUGGCUGAUACUCUGAGGGAGAAGGGGUGUGACAUGUCUGUGUAGGUGCUGAUUGUUGGAGGGUGGGACCUGAGCAAUGAGAGUGUCCUGUGAGUUUGCAGAGGGAGUAGAAGGAGAAUAAGGAAUCUGGAAAUUCACAGACUUCCUGCUGCUAUUCAAAACUGAUGAGGUGCCUCAUGGUAGUCAAACCAUCCAAUGGUCAAGGGACACCUAUGUUGAGUGUAUCAUGGCCCAUUGUCUUUGUGAAGUUUGUUAAUGGCCUUGAACAUUCUCCACCCCAGCAACUGCACACCACAUACUAAAACCAUUGUCUGAGAAUGUCUUACUACCCUACAACUGUACCAAUGCAGUUACCAUAUGUGGGGACUUGUUUCUCUUCUCUCUAUAGCAUCAUGUUGCAACUUCUUAAUUCACUUUGCCCUGGACUAAUGUAGGCUACAUGUCUAACAACUUUUUAGAUUGUGUCAACAUAUGCCAACUAUGUAUGUACCCAUGUAGCUAUCAUGUGCAGGAACCUGUAUUCUCUUCAAACUCUACAAAACUAUGUAAAUAUCUAUGAUUUGUAACAUUCACUAAUAAAGUUCUAAAUCUAUUAAGCUUAAUGAAACAGCAUGGUGAGUAUAACUAGAAAGCCUUUCAUUACUCCAACAAUAGCUGGUUCAGGAAGCAGCCUGUAUGGAACAGUGAAACAUAUCUAAGGCUGUUGCUGCCUAGUAAGGUAUAUUUAAUGCAAACCUGCCCUUUUGGUUGACUCUAAUGCCACAAACAUUCCAAAGUGGGUUGAAAGGGUCAGGUGUUUUAUAUUCAUCCACUUUGCAUGAGGGUAAGUGACUAUGCAAAAUGCAAGAGGAAGAUGAACAACACCCAGAGGCUCUAUGCUAGCUCUGCCGUGCAUUUAUGGAAUGCCUUGUUGCCUCUGUAUCAGUUCCCUUAUGUAGAAAAAAAGGGAGAACAGCCUCCCCCGAGCCUGAUUGAGCUAGGAGGAUAGAUUAACACACAGGCCUGUGGGGCCUAAUACCAGGGGCCCCUGCCAAUUAGGGGCCUCCUGGGAACAAAUCAGAAGGGAGGCUAACUGUGCAUGCUGGGGACAAACUGCAUGGUGAACAGUUCACCCUUUAACCAACCCAGCCACAGUCCUGAAGCCAUGGAGUGGGAGCUGACACUGGGCAUGCAAUUGACCCAUUUGGUCCAGAGAGAAUCUUAGAUGGGCGUUUGGUGGGGUGGGGAGCUGGGGGCAGCUGCUGGGGCUUGGUUUCCCAAGGCACCCGGGAGAUAUGAGGCAGCUCCCAUAGCUGACAUGGAGACUCUUAUUGCAGGAACAAUAAAGCCAGGAGGAGGGAAAGGCUGGGGGAGGCUGUGCGGUGCCCUGGCUGAGGUCCAGCCCCUCUCGGCAUAGCUUUUGUUGAACCUUGGAGCUGGGCAGCGGCUGAAUCCGGGGAGCAGGUGGACUAGAAGUCUUCAGCAAGAAUGGAAGAGAGAUGCUGGGCCAGUGCCUGCAGCCUACUCAUUUCCUGCCCAGGACAACCCUGACCCUGGGGCUGCAGGAAGGUGCUGGGAGCAGCUGGGGAUGCAGAGCCAAAGGCUGGCCCCCCAUUCAGGGUCUGAGGCCCCUGGGGGCCUCAGACCAGAGCAGCCCUCAGGGUCCUCCUCUAUACUCAUAGCCCUCAAAGCUUGGACGCUUCUCUCAAAGCUCGGAAGAAUCUGAUCAUCAUUUAAAAAGUGUGCCCACUUCCCUCCACAUCUUAGUGUCGUCUGGGAAUUUGAGUAGGGUGCUUUUUAGCCCCUCGUCCAAGUCGCUGAUGAAGAUGUUGAACAGCGUGGACCGAGGACCGAGCCCUGCAGAACCCCACUGCCCACAUCCCUCCAGGUCAAAUAAGACCCGUCCACCACCACUCUCUGGGUGCAGCCCUCCAGCCCGUUAGUGACCCAUUUGACUGUGUAGGUGUUGACGCCACAGUCCCCUAGUUUUUUAAUGAGAAUUGUGAAAGGAUGUUUAGUUUUCUUUACUUCUGCCUCUGCUUUCACCCUGCCCUUGCCUUCCUUGGUACAAGAUUAGCAUCUGCAUAGGUGACUGGUGCUCAUUUAUGAACCAAAUCUAGCCAAGUGGAAAUUGUUCAAAGAUACAUUUUCUUUUUCAUAUUUUAUUUCCUUUUGUGUUUGGGGAUUUCCUAAGUUGCAGCAGCUGUGGAAACCAGUUGUUCUCUAACGUUCCCCCACGGGGACCGUAUACCCUAUACCUACUGUUUCUAGGACUCUCUCAGGUUGAUUCAAUGGGGAGAAACAUUCUGUAUAAAUGCUUCCUUGAUUCCUUCAGCACUCACUGAAUGGAAGCCCUCUUUCUCCAAACAGGGACAAAGGAAGCUUACUUUGUUGGACAGGGCUCUGGACUAAAGAGAGAGCACACCAGUUUCCUCUCAAGAGAAUUACUUUAUUGAAAAGCUAAACAUAAGUUUAAUUGGCAUUCAAAUUCAGGCAAUGGAAAUGCAAAACAUGCUCAAACCUGGGAGUAUGGGUGAAGGUUGAACCCUGGGAACUCUGAGCUCUUGUUCAGUUUUUCCAGCAGUUCAGGUCCAUGAUUUCCCACUUCCCUCAGGUUUACAAUCAUCUAUAUACAGUCAUUAAUGACACACAUCUGUCUACAAUCUGAUUGGGUAUAUGUUAAUGAAAGGGGUUGAUUAUGAAGAACCCCCUUCUCAGCAAAGUGAAGAAUUUAUGAGAAAUACGUAACAACUGUUUAACUAGGAUGGUUUUAGAGGUUAUCAGUUAGGUUUCUCCUCUUAACAAUGACUGCUAUUCCUUAUGAUAUUGGGUUUCAGUUACUUUGUUAGUGUGACUACAGUCAAACACCUAAAUCAGUACUCUGCUUUCCUGUAUAUAUCAGCAAAAAUACAGAAUCUGGCCUGGAAAGCCUGUCUCUAUAAUGUUAUCCAAAGUUUACUCCAACAUUUAGAUAACCGAGGAUGUAUAGAAGAUGGAGGCACUUAUGCCAAGGCCCCUAAUGCAGUGGUUUUCAACCUUUUUUCAUUUGUGGACCUCUAAAAAAUGUCAAAUGGAGGUGGGGACCCCUUUGAAUUUUAAGUGUGGAUAUUCACAUACUUUUGUCUGAUCUUAAUCAUCUUUACAUGGACCACAGGUUGAAAACCACUGCUCUAAUGUAUUCCUUACACUGACAAUACGUCCCCUGGGAUGCAUCCUGUCAUGCAUUGGACUAAGUGCAAUGUAUUCCCCAAAGGCUGUUUUUAAUGUGGCUGUUCCAAACCAUUGGACCCCCACAGCAUUACACACCACAGGAGUGCAUGUACUGAAGCACCAUAAAAGCUCUUGCCAGGGGCUGAGCUCUCUCAACUGUUUUUCAUGACCCAAAACGUGUUUGGCAGCUACCAGGACUGGCCCUAAAACUCAUAUAGUAGCUGCUACAUUCAAAAAGGUUGAACAAAAUGAAGGGUUUGUUUUGGUCCCUAGGUAGAAAUCAGUUGAGUUCCUUUUAUCUGGGCCAAUACUGCUGAACUUUAUUUGAUAUCAUUGGGACAGUUCCAGCAACAAUCUGGCUCAACGCUAUUCAGGUUUUUAAUAUUUUUUACUUCCCCUAAGUAAUCACAAUUCUGAGUUCCAUAUAUAUCACUCUCAUCUCUUUCCUUCCAUGACUCAUCAUCUCUGAGCUGAAGGCUGUUCAUUGUGCCUGGUUUAGAGAGGAACUUCUAUGAAGCCACUUCCCCUUACAAACACCUGAAGAAGGAGCCAACCAUGUGUGACAGAGAUGAGCAGACCAAUGAAGACACUCGUGACUUUUGAGAAAUGUUGUCAUAAGACAAAGAUUUAAAGGGGAGAAGGUCAGAGCAGGAAUCUGUCACAGCAAGCAAGACUUCAGAGGAGAGCUGCUGAGAACCUGAACUCCAAACAAUGGACUCCAACUGCACUCUCUUUCCUACCACUGAACUCACUCAGGCACGGUCAAAUGACUCCAGUUGUGAGAUCAAGGAUGGAUUCCUUUCAGUGACUCUCCCUGUGAUGUACUCCCUUAUCUUCAUCAUCAGCUUGCUCAGCAACAUACUGGCCCUUUGGGUGUUCUUGUAUGGCACACAGAGGAAGACCUCGAUCAUGGUGUACAUGAGGAACCUUGCAAUGUCUGACCUUCUGCUUUCUCUCUGCCUGCCUUUCCGGGUAGUCUAUCAAAACCAGAGUGGCCCUUUGAUCCUUUGCAGCCUAGUUGGAGCUUUCUUUUACCUCAAUAUGUACGUCAGCAUCAUGUUCCUCAGCCUUAUCAGCCUUGACCGCUACUUGAAGAUCAUUCGGCCCCUCCAGCAGUUCAGAAUCCACACUGUGCCUUGCAGUACCACUGUCUCCAGGUUGGUUUGGCUGGUCUAUGGCAUCUUCAUGAUCCCUUUCUUUUUUGAGACUAGAAAUAAAAGUCCCUGUGAUCAGCAGUGCUUCCAUUUCAGAAGCAAAAGUACAGUGGGGGCAACCCUCAACAUGAUAGCGGUGGCUACUUUCUUCAUUCUUCUGCUGCUCUUCCUUUACUCCUAUGGCAAAAUAUCAGUCAAGCUUCAUGGUGUCUCAGGGAAAAGUCAGCAGCAGAGCAAGAAGACCAGUGUGAGAGCCAUUGCAAAGACCUUCGUGGUCCUGGUCAUCUUCAGUGUGUGCUUCACUCCCUACCAUUUGGUCCGUGUCCCAUACAUCCUUGCCCAGGUGGAAGUCAUCUCCAGCAUGCAGUGGAAGCAGGCUCUCCACCUUGCCAAUGAACUUGUCCUCUGCAUCUCAGCUUUCAACAGCUGCCUUGACCCAGUGCUUUUCUUUUUCUUUUCCAGCAGCUUUAGGAAAGCUGUGCUGCGUACUGUUCAAGGCAAGCUGAAGAGAGUUCUCCUGAGGAACCAAGGGGGUUUGAGCUACAGUAGAUCUGUCACAGAGAUCUAUGUCCCUCAGAGGGUCCUUGAGACCUUGGCUAAGACUUGAAGAGACAGUGAUUAGAGAAGUCUCUGGUUUUCUGAGGGCUAUCACUUAUCAGAUGAGACUCUCCAAAGACUUAACAGAAAAACAGAGAAAGAAACUGCAAAUGUUUUACAGUUUCCUAUUCCACAAUCAUCUGACUCUUUGAAAGGGCAAAUGCAGAAACGAUACUGAGUCUCUUUUUGGAAAGGAGAGCAUUUUUUCAGUUCCCUUAAAAAUGGGUUCAUCUCAUGAAGCUCAAGAGCACAAGGAAUAAAUGUAUCACAGAAAGAGUACCUUGGCAUGGGACUUGCCUCUCAGUCAAGGUCAAGGUCCAGAACUAUGAUGACCCAAGAAGAAAAAAAGGGAUGAUCUCCAGGACACAAGAAGGACAUGCCAUUGUAUGUUGGGGGGAGGGUAGAAUAGAGAGGUGUAGAGGUACUUGAAUCCUGUGGAGAUACCGCAUAUAACCCACUCUUUAUACUGCUUCUGGAGAUACCAGCAAAAGUUUGCAUGCAUGAGGUACUUUUUGGUUGGGUUGUGAAGGUCUGUGGCUGACUUAAGUGUCACUUGGGUAGUGAAUGAAUAAUUCAAAAUGUGAGGAGGAUUGUUUGGGUUGUGUGCAUGGAAAAAGUUGUAUGCAUGGGGGCUGGGAAAACUUGUAAAUCAGGAAAUAGUACAAACACCAUAAUCUGGAAUAAACCAUAUAGAAUCUUU